AUGGCCCAAAGUGCUUCUGGUAGCAUGGCAGGCCAAUUGCCCUUGGCAACUCCCAGCUUCUUCUUCAACGUUUUCUUGAUGAUCUUGUUGAUGGCUUCCACCUGUCCAUUGGAUAGUGGAUGUGUCGGAGAUGCAAAGAAGAUGUUGUUGUUGAACCGGGAGCAGAGAUACCGAAACCGUGAGCAGUCAAAUUGCUUGCCGUUGUCGGUUACGAUGGCGUUUGGUAGGCCGAAUCGGCAUAGGAUUUUUUUCCAUACAAAGUGUUCGAUCUUAGCUGCCGUUAUCGUUGUGAGGGCUUCGGCUUCGGUCCGUUCGGCACCCGAGCUUUGGGCAAGCCGAAGGCCUGCUAGGAGUGCCUCGUAUUCGGCCUCGUUGUUGGAAGCACGAAAUUGGAAGCGGAUAGCAUAUUCGAUUGUGGUGUCAUCCGAAGUCUUGAGGACUAGGCCAGCGCCACUGCCCUGCCGAUUGGAUGAGCCGUCCACGUAUAAAGUCCAGUGA